AUGGCUGCUGGAAGGUUACUGCUGUAUGCUGGCCUCUCUUUAGCUCUGUGUGCCCUGGGCAUGCUGGCUGUGGCAAUUUGCUCUGACCAUUGGUACGAAACUGAUGCCAGGAAGCACAGAGAGAGGUGCAAGAGCAUCACCACUAAGAGAAAUGACCCUGGCUUCAUUUAUAACUCCAACAACAACCUGCCUCUCAGGGCCAGCAGGUCUAGGUUGGACCGCUGGGAAGGGAAACUCCUCUUGGCAAGGAACAGGAGGCAGAUCUUCGCUAUGAGCGCAGUCGACGAGUGCAACAGACAGUACAACUCAACCAACAUGGGGCUCUGGAGGAAAUGCCACCGACAAGGAUUUGACCAAGAGCUGGAGGAGCUGAUUGCCAAAGGAGCAAUUGAGAGGUGCACAUACAUCAAGUACCACUACUCCUCAGCGACCAUUCCCAAGAACCUCACCUACAACAUCACCAAGACAAUCCGCCAGGAUGAGUGGCAUGCAUUGCAUCUGCGCAGGAUGACAGCUGGCUUCAUGGGCAUGGCUGUGGCCAUCAUCCUCUUUGGAUGGAUUAUCGGGGUGCUGGGGUGCUGUUGGGAUCGAGGCCUUAUGCAGUAUGUGGCGGGGCUUCUCUUCCUCAUGGGAGGAACCUUCUGCAUCAUUUCACUGUGCACCUGCGUGGCUGGAAUCAACUUCGAGCUCUCCCGCUACCCCCGAUACCUGUAUGGACUUCCUGACGACAUCAGCCAUGGCUAUGGCUGGUCCAUGUUCUGUGCGUGGGGGGGCCUGGGCCUCACUCUUAUCUCUGGCUUCUUCUGCACUCUGGCCCCUUCUGUCCAACCUGUCCCCAGGACCAACUGCCCCAAAUCUAGACCUGAGAAUGGGACAGUGUGCUAAAACAAAUAGCAAACACACACAACACACACAACGAAUAUAUAUAUAUAUAUAUGUCUAUGUAUCGCUAUACAUGCAUAUAUAUGUAUAUAUAAUUAUAUAUAUAUAUAAUCUCAAAUUAAUGCCAGUGCCAAGGUAGAGCUGAGUCCAACACGGGCACUCACAUCUCCACCGGACUCCGUGUUGCUUUGUUCUUUCUCACAGCGAUGGGAAAGCUUUUCUCUCACAUGGCUCUUCCAUCCAACUCUAAACUUCAGCAUCAUACCUUAGAGGUUGAUUGAACAUAGAGUUGCACCUACCUACUGCCAUUUUUUGGGGAAGGGGAACAGGGGGUCCAUGUAGGGGAUCUGGAACCAGAAUCUGUAAAGGUCAUGGAGGGUGGGGUGGGGUGGGACAAAAUGCCUGUCCAUUGCAGUCAGAGGGAAAAUGCAAACAGCAAGCAAAGAAACAAAUCGAGCAUUUGAGACACCUCUACAAUGUACCUCCUCAAGGCCAUUAUCAGAAAAUUCCCACUUACGUUUGCUUUCUUAAAACAAAA